GAAAGACAGGGUCCUGAAAAGGGGACGUUUCUUGUUUUGCUGAGUUUAGUUACAAAGUUGCUAAAGUUGUCCAUUUAUUAGAUUUUAACACGCAACCAUUUGCGUUAUACGCCUACCAAUCUACUCCAACCAACCACAUUUUUUCCCCCUUUGCCUUAUGUAACCUUCUGUCUUAUGUAUCUAAUACUAAUCUGUGUGUCCGCCGGAUUUACUUUACUAUGUUACAUCUAGUCUAUGAGAACAAGCUGAGAACAAGCCACCGUUUGUUAUGUGGAUGCCCACUGUUACCUGCCUGUCACCCUUCCCUCUGUUCCCCUCUCCCAGGGCAUCAAGGCUGUGCUGGCAGAGAGCUAUGAGAGGAUCCACCGCAGUAACCUGGUGGGCAUGGGGGUCAUCCCUCUGGAGUACCUGGCCGGGGACACGGCAGACACCCUGGGCCUGACGGGCCGAGUGUGUUACACCGUGGUCAUCCUAGAGCCACUCACACCCAGGGUGAUUGUUGACAUUAAGCUCGACACGGGCAAAACAUUCCAGGCGAGGAUGAGGUUCGACACAGACGUGGAGCUGACGUACUGCCACAACGGAGGCACCAUCAGGACCUACAAGGAGCGCACCAUCGGGACCAAGCCGCGCUGAAUACGCACAUCCUCCAUGGGGACGGAGAGACAGAAAGCCCUGACUCGCCCUCUGUUGGUUUGAGUUUACCAUUUGGUUUUCAUCAUGUUGUCUCCAUUGGUUUUAGUGCAUUAACCCGUAGAUGUUUAGCUAUAGGACUUCUUUGAUUAUGUAGUGCUGAGUGCUUAUUACUGUUGGUGAGUAGGGUUGCAAAAUUCCACAUCCAGUUCAUUCCCAGUUGUUCCUGGUCCUCCUGGUUAGUAGAUUCAGGAGGGAAUGAGCAGGAAAUGCAGGAAUUCUCCAACCGGGAUUUUUUGGGAAAGUUGAUGAAGGCCGAUAUUUUAGUCUUUUAACCUUGCUUAAAAAAAAAUCAUUGUUAAUGGUGAGCGCAUGUUGCACCUUUUUUCUUUCCUAUUUUGGGAAAGUUACCAGAAUUGUUCAACCCUAAUGGUGAGUUUGGCUACCCUAGUACUAGUGUAACAGGGGGCAAGUUAAUCAAAUCAAUCUAUCAAAUUAAUAUAAGUAAACCUCAUUACGUUUCUGACCUGAAGCCACAUUUAAUAUUUUCUUGAAGCACUAAUGGUUUUAUGGACCAAAUUGUUUCUGUCUAUCAAAUUGGAAUGAAGGCCUACUUUGAGAUUUCGCACUUGUUUGUGACCUCGUCACUCUGAUAUGGAUAAAAUGUGUAUUUUGUCUGCUACAAGGCCAUAGCAGGGCUAGUGGCUACCUCCUAAUAGUCUUAGUGCUGUCCCCUUCCCGUUCUCCUUUCCAUAACUGGAGAGGCCAGGGGGAAUUCCUGGUACAUAUCCACCAUAUUGCUUUCGCCUAUUAUGUAUUCAUAGUGAUUGCACAAUGAUUUAUAUCAACUGUUAUGUUAUGGGCAGGUUGGCGUUUAUUGGGAUGAGUCUUGUCCAUUAGGCAGAACUGAGCGAUUUCCACUAGAUGGGCCAGCUGCAAAGUCAAAAUUGCCUAUAUUGUAACAUUUAUGAAAGAAAAACAUUACUUAACAUUACCUGAAAGAAAAACAUUACCUUCUUAAUUUCAAGAUUAGGGUUAGCAGUGUGGUUAGGCUUAAAAUAAAAUGUUAUGACGUGACCAGUGCAGAGCUACCUCCAGAUCAAGAUUCAUGAUGAAAAAUGCAAACCUGCAUGAUAUGGCUCAGGGGCAGAGUAGACUACGUUUGUCAAAUUGUUGAACUUCUACUUUACUCAAAUGCAGCAUUGUUGUGUUGAAAUAAUUUAGCAUUAUUAGCAUACUAUUAUUAGCCUAUUCUUGAAAAAUAACUAAUAAAGCAGUAAAAUAAAGAUUAACCUGAUAGAUUUCUGGAAUAAUAUACGUUUAUAAAAUAAUUGCAUACAAAUCAUUACAUUUUAAAUGGAAUGUGAAAUUAAAAUAAAUUCUGUACAGUAACUGGCUAAAAUGUUGCAACUGUCACAAUGUAAUUUGAGAAAGCAACUGAGUGAUCCCACAACUGCAUGCUGUCUCGAAGGCAGCUGAUGCCUUUCUGUAUUUGUGUAUUUGAGUUUCUGUGGCAUAAUGUGAACUGUAGAGUUGGCACCAUAUACACUCAGUGGCCAGUAUUAAGUGCGCCCAUCUAGUACUGGGUCGGACGUCCGUUUGCAUCCAGAACGGCUCAAAUUCUUUGGGAUCUGGAAACGUUGCUCAAUACGUUGCUCCUCACGCCAGGAAAACAUUCCUGACACCAUUACAGCACCACCACCAGCCUGUACCGUUGACACCAGGAUGGGGUCAUGGACGCCAAAAUCCUGACUAUGCCAUCAGCAUGACACAGGCAAUGUUUUUCCACUCAAUGUUUUUCCGUUAUCUGCCAGUUUGUGGCACGCCUGUUAGCUUGCACAAUUCUUGCCAUUCUCCCUCGACCUCUCUUCAACGAGCUGCUUUCUGAGAUACUGGAGCUAAUAUACCACGCUCAAAGUUGCUUAGGUCACUAGUUUCCCCCCACUCGAACGUUCAAUCUAACUGUGACUGACUGCCUCGAUGCCUGUCUGCCUGCUCUAUAUAGAAAGCCACGGCCACGUGACUCACUGUCUGUAGGCGCAAAGCAUUUUAGUGAACAGGAUGGCAUACCUAAUAAACUGGCCAUUGAGUGUAGUGUCAGUGAUGAGAGUAACCUGAAUCUCACGUUGUUAGUCAUAAAAUAUUACAUUUUGUUAAUACAGAAAUACUAUAGUCCACAAACCCAGUUAUGACUGAUUUCAGACAAGACAGUGUUACUACCAUCAAGGACCGUACAUUUGAAUACAACCUUGAGACGGUGAAAUCAAAUAAUACUUGAAAUGUACACGUUGAGAGGUAUGCAUUACUCACAAUACAAUUUGUUAUACACAGAUAUUAAAUAUUACACAGAUGACCAGUGGAGCAGUUACAGCACUCAACAAUAAUAAUAGUAAUAAGUAUAGCUGUUACACACGUGAACAGUCCGGUACAUGUUAAAGCUACUCAACAUUAAGAAUGGUAAGGAAUCCAGUGUCAUUGGAGCGAACGAUCCCUUUAAACUACAGUAGCUGGGAAAAGCGUGAGCUUCAGCGGUGCAUGUGUGACAUGUUUGCGACUGAUGUGAUGCAGUACUUCCGUUUCAUUAAAGCUGACCUCUUCAUCUA